UUCCAGUUGUUUGCAGACAUUCUUACCGUGCGGUUGUUUAGUCACUUGUUUACACACACAUUCAAAGAACGGCUAGUACGCUCUGUUUGUUCACAGUUCACUUGCCGGUGGGGGCUUGUUUUUUUUGUUUUUUUUUUUGUUACUAAUAUUUCGCCAAUCAAAGGUCAUUUUUCGUAUAUGUAUGUACAUGUUUAUAUAAAAAAUUAGUUUACGUUUGCUCGCUAAUCGAACCUAAGUGUUUAUUUUGUGACUUUUUAACACUUUCAGUUUUUCACAAGUCAUGGAUCGUGAUAGCAUAUACUUUAUCGAUGAAGGAGAAUCUAACACUUUUGAUUUUGAUGAAACGUUACCACCAUUGCCAUUGCCAGACCUGCACGAUACAUUACAACGCUACUAUGAUUCACUAAAACCAUUUGGUACACUAAGUGAAUUAGAUAAAUCUAAGAAAAUAAUUUCUGAAUUUGAAAAUGGUAUCGGUACUGAACUACAUAAGAAACUAAAAGAACGGGCUGAAAGUAAACGGAAUUGGAUAGAAGAAUGGUGGGAUAAAUAUGCAUACCACAUGUUACGAGUACCACUCAAUCCAUACAUUGUAAUGGCGAUGCCUGUCAAAUUAGAAAAUAUAAAUAUUCCAGAAACACCUGCCUUCCUACUCAAGAACCUUUCGCGAAUAUUAUACUAUACACUUGAAUUUUGGAAUGCGGUACGCAAAGCCACAAUCAAGCCACAUUCAUCCAAUGACGGUAAAACCAAAUAUUCAUCGGCAUUGUAUAAAAGGUUUUUCUCGACAACACGAGCACCAGGCAUAGAAUAUGAUUACAUAAAAAGUUACUUUAAAACAGUUAAGGAAGGUUCAACACCUUCUCAUGUUAUGGUUUUGGGAAAAGGGCGUAUAUUUGUCUUUGAAGGUUUACAUGCGGAUGGAACAAUAAUUACGCUUCAGGAAAUCCUUUCCGUUUUGCAGCGUAUACGAAGUAUUUUGGAUUAUGAACCAAUGGGCGAUUGUGUCCCUGUCCUUACACAUGAUGAUCGAACUACUUGGGCAGAGAAUUAUCUUCAUCUGCAAGAGAUUUCGGAGAAAAAUAGGGAAGUUUUACAGAUUAUAGAGAGUUCAACAAUAGUUAUAGCAUUCGAUGAAAAUGAGCCGCAUAAUUAUGAAGAAACUUCGGUUUUCUGUGUUAACGGCGAUUAUCAUUCAAAAUGGGGAGACAGAAGCAGUUCAAUUAUCGCUUUCAAAAACGGGCGAUUCGCCUGUGUUGGGGAGCAUUCCGCAUACGAUGGUACAAUUAGUGUGAGUUAUGCACUUUUUGUACAAUUGAGCUUGUAUGAAAAAGCUGAACCCGAUUGGAGUUUCACAGAUAACAGUACGCAUGUUGCAUUAAAAGAAUUAAAUUUUGACUUGGACAAUGAACUACAAAAGGAGAUCAAACGUGCAAAACUGGACUGUGACCAAAGGAGAAACGACAUUAUUAUAACUCAUGAUUAUUUUAAUGGAUAUGGAAAAGACGUCAUCAAAAGUUGGAAUUUACACCCAGACUCAUUUGUGCAGGUUAUAAUGCAAUUAGCAUAUGCAGAAUUACAUCAAGAAAUUGCCUCAACUUACGAAACUGCUUUAAUGCGUCAUUUUUACAAUGGUCGAACCGAAACUUUACGUUCUUGCACUAAUGAGGUUCAUAAAUUUAUACAAAUCGCGCGCGACGUGAAGUCUUCUACCGGAGAAAUAGCUACCGCCUUUCGAAAUGCUGUUAAUCACCACAGCCACCAGAUGAACGAGGCACGGAAAGGAAAUGGUGUGGAUCGACAUCUCUUUGGCCUUUGGUGUAUAGCAUACGAGAAUGAAAUAGAUGUACCCGAGAUUUAUAAUGAUCCUUUAUACGCCAAAAGUGGUGGUGGUGGAAAUUUUGUUUUAUCCACAAGCACAUUGGGUUACACUUCCAUUGUUGGAUUUGUAGCACCAAUGACACUAGAUGGCUAUGGCGUCUUUUACACGAUAACAUCAAGCACUAUUUAUAUUCAAAUCUCUGCAUUUCGUGGUAGCACCAAAACAAGCGCACACAAGUUCAGUGAAGAAUUCAAACGACAAUUUUCCAGAAUUAAAAAUAUUUUGGAGAGCACACAUAAACCUAAAUUAUAACAUAUUCAUACAGCAAAUGAUACUAUGUUUUAAUGCUUUCAUUAGACUAUUCUCAAUAUUCAAUUAUGUUGUAUGAAUGUUAAAUAAACAGUAAUUUUAUAAUAUUUUUCCAGUAAAAGACCAAAUAUUUAAAUAUAAUGUGAACAUUAAAAACUUUAA